AUGCCUAAAUCCAUUAAGCAAAAAAAUAACAAUCGUGUUAUUAAUUCAAAUAUCGAUUCCAAGUUUAAUAAAAAAACGAAUAUUGGCGGCGACAACUUUAAUUAUGUUCUCAAACCGACGUUCCCUUCCAAUUUAACAAUAAAUGAAAUUAUAAGUGUUAUUAAAGCACCUAGCAAUAAUCAAAAAGCAAAAACAUUUCCAAAUGCUUUCAUCGCGUAUAAAAAAGCAUUAAUUAAAGAGAAUCGUAUUAAAAACAUUAAAUUACCUCCAAUGGGCAAGCUUUCUAAAAUUGCAUCAUAUUAUUGGGAUGAGGAACCAGAAAUCGUAAAGAAAUUUUACAAAAAGUUGUCCGAGGAUGCUAAAUCUUUGCAUAAGCAAAAUGGGAUUCAAAUCAUAUUUGAUAAACGUAUGAAUGAAGUUGAAGAAAGCGGGCAGGUUUCACGUGUGACAAGUGAAAUUAGUAGAUCUGACUGUGAUUAUGUAAAUUAUACCCAGGAUCCUGAUGAGUAUAUAAUUAAUACGCAAAAUUCAACAAGUGGGUAUCUUCCGAUUGGAGAUUAUUCUGCCAGCAUUCAUAAUUCUUUCCUUGAUAACAAUACUAUUAAUAGCUCCCAAUCCAGUUUUAAUAAUGGCAACUUUUUCGAAGACACGUAUAGAAUGAAUGAAGUACCUAUCGAUCAAGAGGAUAUUAGAACACCGCGAGUUGCAAAUCAUGUCAAUUAUACCCAAGAUAUUGAGGAUACAAAUUUCAUGCCGAAUACAUAUCUUCCUCUUGAAGAUUCUUCUGCUUGUAACCUUUUCGAAGAGUAUGAAAUGGAACAUAAUUUUAACGAUUUCGUGUUGGUUGAUAAUAAUCAAGAAAGUGUGCAAGUUUCAAAUUUGAGCGCCAGAAACGGAUUGCAUCAAUUAUAA